CAUCAACACCAGCGGCAAAGCAGCAAUGGCGGCGCCGAGAUGUAUGCGCUCCUUCCUGGGGCCGGCGAAGCGCAUAAAGAUCACACACGCCGCGCGACCCUUCUCGACAACCCCGCACCGACGAGCAUUCGGUGAAGACAACGAGACUGAGGAGGAGGCCGUAGCUGGGUUUCUAGAGGCAGUCGAGAGCGGCAAGAUCCCGCUGGACGUGCUGCAGAAGGGCUUCGACAUCGACCCGGCCGAAUACAAGGCUCUGUUCAACAGCCAGAAGAAGGCCGCCAAGCGCGCGGCGAAAUGGGAGCCCAAGACGCGCGAGGAGGCCCAGCAGAAGUGGAAAGAGCUGCAGAGCGCGCCCGAUGACCUGACGCUGCUGCGCGUCUUCAAGCGCAGCGGCAUCGAGCCCCUGAAGCUUGCCGAGGAGCGCGGCAUCAAGCUGCCCACCGACAAGGAACCCCUCGACGAAAAGACCCAAGCCGCCCUCGACGCCCUCCGCGACCCCGUCAACGUCCGCGCCCUCAACAUGCGCCCGUUGCGCCGCGAACCCCAGUACGGCGUGCCCGUGUGCGACCUCCAGCUGCGCUCCUACCAGGUCGAGAACCUGCUCCUGUUCGCCGACUUCGCGGUGCGCGCCGCAUACUACAUGGGGCUGUGCGCGCGCGGGCCGGUGCCGCUGCCGCGCAUCACGGAGCGCUGGACCGUGCCGCGGUCGCAUUUCGUGUUCAAGAAGUCGCAGGAGAACUUCGAGCGCAUCACCAAGCGGCGGCUGAUCCAGAUCCGCGACGGGCACCCGGACGUGGUCAAGGCGUGGCUGGCGUUUGUUACCGAGCACCAGUUCCACGGCGUCGGUAUGAAGGCGAAUGUCUGGGAGUAUGAGGACUUGGAGACGGCGACACGCGCCGGUGAGGCGAUACAGCCCGAUGAUGUGAAGAGGAGGAGGGAGGGCCCGAUGAUGGCUAAGGUCGAUGAGAUUUUGAAUAGCAAGGGCUUCAAGGAGGCGAUGGAGGGGCACAAGACGCCGGGUGAGAUCGAGUUCAGGAGGUAGAGGGGAUUGUAUGAUAUGGAUCACGCAUGGAUGAGCGUUGAUCGUGUGGGCUAUGGCUGUACAAACAAUGAACGUGUAGCAACAUCUGCAAAGCUCUCUGGCG